GAUUGGCUGCCUGUGGAAGCGCAGUUGCUGCUCAAGGUCAACUGCUUUAUAAAGGCGUGAGUAACUGACUGUUCAUUAUUUGAGGUUGUUACAUUUCUUAAUGAAAACAGAAGAUGUCAAACAAUGUGCUUUCAACUCGUGGUAUCAUACUUUCAAAAAUUAUACACAAGAAAGCAUAUUUGUUGACCUUCCAGAAGAUCUUAUAAACUCCCUCACAAAUGAUGAGUUUAUGCUCCCCAAAAGUGCGAAAGAAACAAGAUAUGCAUCGGAUUCAAGCGAUGAGGACUGGUCAGACUGUGCUGACAGUAAUGGUGAUGUUUGCACAGAGAGACCUGAAUUUCCCCAGUUCGAAUCUCAUUUGAAAAAUAUCAUCCAGAAGUUAGGCGGUGUUGUGUUUCCUAAAUUAAAUUGGAGCGCUCCGAGUGAUGCAUCUUGGAUGUCAUGUGAUAAUUCACUAAGGUGUAGAACAUUUUCAGAUAUCUAUUUACUCCUCAAAUCAUCAGAUUUUGCUGCACAUGACUUAACUGCUCCUUAUGCUUUGUGUGCAGAUACAACAGUUGAAGAAACCUGUUGCCUUUUCACUUCUAAACCGAUUCUUGUUCUUCGCAAAUGGUAUGAUUUUCGUCCGGAAGGGGAAUUCCGAUGUUUUGUGAAAUCGAAAGUCCUUAUAGCUAUAUGUCAACGAAAAUGCGACGCAUACUUCAAGUCGAUAGAAGAACACCAAGAAGAAAUUAAGAAGGAUCUUAUAGAAUUCUUUAAUCGAAAAAUUAAAAAUCACUUCAAAUUGGAUAAUUACACAGUUGAUCUAUACAGGGAACAAUCGAAAAAUGAUCAAGUGCAUAUUGAAAUAAUCGAUUUUAAUGUAUUCGGUCCACCAACUGAUGCACUUCUAUUCCAGUGGUCUGAAUUUGAGGACGAUAUGCGUGAAAACGAUACCAGUCCUACAUUUCGCUACCAAAAUGACAAGACAAUUCGUCCAAAUACAACCAACCAAUAUAGUUUACCAAUUGAUCUAAUCGAUAUUGCUUCCGGAUCUGAUCCCAAUAAGAUAAUAGAUUUCAUUCAAGCUAAGGUUGAAAGCCAACGAAGUACAUAAUAAACUGUGUAUAUAUACAACAUGUGGGAUUUCUUGUUAUCAGAAAUGCUGAUUGAUUAAGGAAAAUAUAAUUUUUUCUACCAAGCUUAUUUUUUCUUCUUAGCAGCAGUUGUAGUUGUCUUACGUGUUCGCUUUUUAGCAGACGACGAUGCCAUUGAGGCGUAUUUCUCUGCAAUCUUAUCUAGAAAGUUCUCUGAUGACUGCAACGCAUUCGCGUGUCGACUUUGAAUCGCCUUGGCUAGUGAAUCUAAACCGCCGUCAUCGUCAUCAUUACUCUUCUUGAGUUUCUUGCUGUUAUUCUUCUUUUGUUGUUUUUCAAACAACUUUUUUUCGUUUAAAGCUCUCUUCGCCCUUUUCGCUGCUUUUUCUGGUGGUUCAUGUGUAUAAUUCUUGAAAGCUUUAAUUCUCUGUUCAGAUAUCAAUUUGUCAAUAAGACUUCGGAUUCUCGGUUCAUCCUCAUAACUUGUCAGAAUUAACGUUUCCAUUAUAGUAUCCAUAUCGCCUUUAGAACUAUUGUAAACUUUGAUUAACUGUUCCGUUUCUUCUUCACUUCCCACAUACUUUUGACGGUAUUCAUCAAUCUGUGUAGGUGUUAUUUUUGGAAAUAAAAGUCGCCAAUAAUUCAUCCAAUCAUCAUAUGAUUUGCCUG